GCCCACCCCCAUCUCACCCUGCACUAUUGGUACGCUCCACCAAAGCGACACUCUCCCGGAAGUUGAUAGCGUCGCUUAGCAACAGUUAUGUCUGCGAACGGGAGCCCUAGAUCUGGAGCAGAAGAUGUCCCUGAUACAGAAGAGAAGCCACAGGCCACAAAUAAUGCGGCUGCAAGUGAAGACAUAUCUGUUGCAGAAGGAGAACAACCUCUUUCACCAAAAGCUUCUGACACAGAUGAGGCAAUGAUUACCAGCAGUCACAGUGCGGUCCCUAACUACUUUGGUGACAUUACCCAGAGGUCAGCCCUGUCUCAGGAUAUGGAGCAACCUGAAGAAUCAGGAGUGGUGGGGUCAUCGUCCUAUUCCACUUUUCAUCAGUUUGCCAUGCAGAUGGGAGAGACUGAUGAUGAGGCAAAUAACCAAGAUUCAGAUGACCCAGUAGGGGAAGAGGAGACAGCUGAAGAGGAAAAGAAAGAAUAUGAUGAUAAAGAAUCAGAACUGGUUGUCCUGGACCCAGACCAUCCUCUGAUGGGAAGAUUCCAGACGGCUCUCAAGACCUAUCUAACAAAACAGAUCAAGAGUCUGGACCUAGAGUUGCGUGAAAUGACUGAAUCCAUGAAGAAUAAUAAGAAAGAGCGUGAGGAUCUUGGCAUGUUUCUGUAUGGGGUGCAGCAGGAACUGGCUCGCCUGCAGAUGGGACUUGAAAAGCAGCAUGACAAACAUUCACAUGUCUCUGUCCAACGCCGUCAGAAAGAGGAUGAGCUGGAAACAAUAAGGAAUUUGUACAAGAAGACCCAUCAGAUCACAGACACAGAGCGCAAGAAAGUAUCCUCCAUGCAGACAGAGGUAGAAAAUUUAGCACUGAGGCUUUUUUAUAUGGAGAAUAUGAAUCGGGAUGUGCGUUCGGACAUUAAUGUAAUGAAACGUGCAGUGCAGAAAGCAGAGAUGGAGAGGCUGCAAGCAGAGGUGGAGAAAAAAAAACAGGAUAUUUUUGUGGAUCGGCUUACCUGUGAGGUGGACCGUCUUCGUGAGCAGAUUGCCCUUUAUGAAGCCCAAGUCUCUGCACAGAGAGAAGACACUAAGGCUGCAAGGGAGACAGUAGCAGAGGCCUGUAUGGAGAUUGAGGCCAUUGCUGUAGAGAAGAAACAGCUUAUUCAGCAGUGGAACAGCAGUCUGAUUGGUAUGACAAGACGAGAUGAAGCCUAUGCUGCCAUUCAGGAGGCUUUUAGUCUUGCUCAACAGGAACUCCUCUCUAUAGACGCUGAGAUUGAAGGCUGUAAGAAGACAAUUACAAAGGAGGAGGAGAGAAAUGAGCAGCUAAUGUUGAACCGUGCAGAAAGUGAUGCCGCUAUGAGCAAGAAACAGGUCGCUCAGUCUCUUACUAAGCAGGAGGCAUUGCGCCUGGAGUUCAGCACAUAUGCACGUACAUUGCAGGAGACUGAGCAAGCGAUAAAUAGGGUCGCUGUUGAGCGGUCUGGGUAUGUGAAUGAAAUCACAGCUAUGCAGAAAAAAAUUGAGAAAGAAUCUCAGGUGAAAGUGAACCUCGAAGCACAGAUAUUGGCAAAGCUGCAAGAGAAGAUGACAUCUGACAAGGCAGCCAAAUAUUCCUCUCUCCUUGCAGCCAAGCUGCAAAAGCAAACGCUAGAAUUGGAAAUUAAUUGUUCAAAGGUAGAAAAUGAAACAGCUCAGAUCUCUCUGGAGAUCAACCACAGCUUGUCACGUAUGAAAGCUCUGCAGAAGACUCUGGUUGACUUGGACAAAAACAUUGAAGACACCAAUGAUCUGAUUUCCCAAAGUCAGAAUGAGAUAACCAAACGUACACUGGCAAUUGAGAGGAAACAAGCCACCAUUAAUUUAUUCAGCAAGCAAAUAGAAGCCACCAUCGCACAGACUGGGGGGAAAGAAGUGGGACCAUUGGAAAUCCAAAUCACUGCAUUGACCAAGCAGAUCGAUGAAUGCAACUCAGAGAUCAUGUCACUCCAGCAGUACUGGCUGCGACUACAGACUGAGAUGGUGAAUCUAACCAAGCAAAGGGAAGAACAGGAUGCGUCUGUGGAAAUGCUGAGGAGAGAACUUACUAUCCUACAGCAGAAGAAAAUUCGUACUGAAAAUGAAAUAGAGCAAGAAAAGAACGAACAAAAAGAUAUUGAACAUCAUAUGAGGAACCUGAAAAAUGACAUGGUUCGGCUCAACAUGCUGCUUAGCAAGAAUAGCAGCACUAAAGAACAGCUCCAGCAGAACAACCAGCUGAUGGAAAGCGAGUUCAUGCGCUCGCUUCGUGAGGCAGAAAGGGAGUCUAUAGAGAUGCAGGAAAAUCUACGAAACCUUCAAGAAGAGAAGGAAAGAAUUCUUCACAGCCUUGUUGAAACAGACCCUAGAUCUGGAGCAGAAGAUGUCCCUGAUACAGAAGAGAAGCCACAGGCCACAAAUAAUGCGGCUGCAAGUGAAGACAUAUCUGUUGCAGAAGGAGAACAACCUCUUUCACCAAAAGCUUCUGACACAGAUGAAGCAAUGAUUACCAGCAGUCACAGUGCGGUCCCUAACUACUUUGGUGACAUUACCCAGAGGUCAGCCCUGUCUCAGGAUAUGGAGCAACUUGAAGAAUCAGGUGAAACAGGAGUGGUGGGGUCAUCGUCCUAUUCCACUUUUCAUCAGUUUGCCAUGCAGAUGGGAGAGACUGAUGAUGAGGCAAAUAACCAAGAUUCAGAUGACCCAGUAGGGGAAGAGGAGACAGCUGAAGAGGAAGAGGAAAAGAAAGAAUAUGAUGAUAAAGAAUCAGAACUGGUUGUCCUGGACCCAGACCAUCCUCUGAUGGGAAGAUUCCAGACGGCUCUCAAGACCUAUUUAACAAAACAGAUCAAGAGUCUGGACCUAGAGUUGCGUGAAAUGACUGAAUCCAUGAAGAAUAAUAAGAAAGAGCGUGAGGAUCUUGGCAUGUUUCUGUAUGGGGUGCAGCAGGAACUGGCUCGCCUGCAGAUGGGACUUGAAAAGCAGCAUGACAAACAUUCACAUGUCUCUGUCCAACGCCGUCAGAAAGAGGAUGAGCUGGAAACAAUAAGGAAUUUGUACAAGAAGACCCAUCAGAUCACAGACACAGAGCGCAAGAAAGUAUCCUCCAUGCAGACAGAGGUAGAAAAUUUAGCACUGAGGCUUUUUUAUAUGGAGAAUAUGAAUCGGGAUGUGCGUUCGGACAUUAAUGUAAUGAAACGUGCAGUGCAGAAAGCAGAGAUGGAGAGGCUGCAAGCAGAGGUGGAGAAAAAAAAACAGAUUUCCAGAAAUGGCCAUAAAAUGCACUUGCUGAUUUUGGCUUGGAAUUCCCAUUGA